AGCUCGGCUGAUCCAGUCUGACCGUCUGACAAAAACUAAGCAGGAAUAACCGAAGCGAAGCCUGGAAGCCAACUCUUCCCCCCCUCCUCCUACACACAGAACACCGGCGACUAAACUCUUCCACCCCGGCAGAAUGAAAGCAAUAAGCCCCGUUCGGUCCUUCCGGAAAACCGGCACGAAUUUCUCGGAGCACUCCCUGGGAAUCUCCCGGAGCAAGACCCCGGUGGACGACCCGCUCAGCCUGCUCUACAACAUGAACGACUGCUACUCCAAGCUGAAGGAGCUGGUUCCCAGCAUCCCGCAGAACAAGAACGUCAGCAAGAUGGAAAUCCUGCAGCAUGUCAUCGACUACAUCUUGGACCUGCAGAUCGCGCUGGACUCCAGCCUGCAUCACCCCGCGGCGCGGCCGGGGCAGAGCGCGUCCAGGACCCCUCUGACCGCGCUCAACACAGACAUCAGCAUCCUGUCAUUACAGUCUCCGGAGUUUCCGUCAGAGCUGCUGACAGAUGACAGCCGGACUCUGCAUCGUUAACGCGGUGUUUGGUCAAGACGCAGAAAACACACACAGGACCUGAGGAGCAGGACUUUCCUCCCCCCCCCACACCCCCUCUACUCCUCCUCUUCCUCCAGGCCUGGAUUUUUUUUUUUUUUUUCUGAAAUCAAGAGACUUUUGCUUAUUAUGGGACAGUCUGAUGUGAUGUGUUUUUCUGUUUGGACACCUCAUUAUUAUUAUUAUAAUUAUUAUUAAUUAAUUUAAGACUUCUUAUUUGUGGGUCCUUUCUGGAAAUGGAAGGCGCGUUAUAUGGGAUUAUUUCCCCUCCCUCUACCCUAACCUCCCCCCUCCCCUCCCGUCUCUCCCCCCCGUUUGAACUCUUCGCUUUUUUUGCGGAGGUGGGAACGUGUACAGAACAGACUUGGGUUAGUUACUGUAAAAACAAAA